AUGGCGUACCAGACCCCGGAUAAAGAUUCAGGAUCCGAUCCGAAGUCUCCAACGCGUCUCUAUAACCCCUACAAGGACCUUGAAGUCCCCAUUCGCAACCUCUACCAGCUCCCGACCUCCCCUGAGUAUCUCUUCGUCGAGGAGGCUCGCCGCAAGCGUCGAUCCUGGGGGGAGAACCUCACCUUUUACACCGGAUGCGGCUACCUCGCCGGCGCCGUCGGUGGUGCCGCCUCUGGCCUCGUCGAGGGCGUCAAGUCCUUUGAAUCCGGUGAUACCACUAAGCUCCGAGUUAACCGCGUCCUCAACUCCUCCGGCCAUGCCGGGCGCGCCUGGGGCAACCGCCUCGGCGUCAUUGGCCUCCUCUACGCCGGCAUCGAGAGCGGGAUCGUAGCAGCGAGGGACACCGACGACGUCUGGAACAGCGUUGCGGCGGGACUGGGCACUGGCGCUCUGUAUCGCGCCGCGAGAGGGGUACGGUCGGCGGCUGUCGCUGGUGCCGUUGGAGGCGUUGUGGUUGGAGUCGCUGUCACCGCGAAGCAGGCGUUGAAACGCUACGUGCCUAUAUGA